GUAUCUGGAUGUGGCGGGUGCUAAACUUGGUGAUCUGCCUUAUCGUAGAUAUACUUCUGAACGUUAUAGUACAUGACCUAAGUGAAGUUAGGUUGGUCACCAAAAUGUACCAUUGUGUUUAAUUUGGUUAUAUCUAAUGUUAAUGGAAGCUGAAAUUAGUUUUAAUAUCCCCUAUGACGAUUUUGGAUUUUUGAUUUAAUGUCUUGGAAUACCAGCACAAAUCAAUAUAGUUUGGACCUUUCCGGACAUUGUUUCUGACUGGAUCCCAGAAACUGCAUUACCGAUAUUGGAUCUUGGAUGCUGGUAACAUUAUAAUAUAAAGGACGCCCAGUGGCAACAGGUUUCUCGGCUUAAUUAAUAAGGACAGAACAGAGAGAGUGAGACACGCAUAAGCAUCAGAACAAACGAUUGAGCAUGAUAACAGAUGGGGUUGUUAGCUCUUUAGGGGUGGAGAUGUACCGAUGGGACUCGGGCCUCCUGCAUAAUUGAUGCGGAGCUGUCACAACCGGAUGAGACAUCGGGCCUUUUGGAAGCGUUCAGGUCUGCUGGCAUUAUAUGGAGUUUGCAGUCUGCUUGUCUUGUAUAUCAAAAUUUCAAAUGUCUGUGGAUGAGUCAGGUGGUUAUGGGCUUUUUCCACUGUCUGAGACUGAUGGUCAAAUACUUAUGUUAUUGUGUUGAAGGUGAUGGACAGUGCAUAGGCCGGGAACAGGCCAUUUUAGUUCCUGUUGUUGUUGAUGGUAACGCUUUUGUUAGAAGCCUCUUGUGUUUGGAACUCUAGACGAACGUAUAAAUGGCUGCUCUAUAUUCCAAAGAGGACAUAUUGUCAAAGGAUUGUAAAACUAAAACUAGAAGGAGAAGAGACAGGCGAUUAAAAUCUGGAGCGACAGAUAUGGCGGGCGAGUCGGUUGCAGACAUUGAGAUACCGAUCUGGGUCCGGGGGACGCAGAAGUGGGUGACGGGUCUUACCAAGAGGACCACGUGUGACGACGUCAUAUACGCCCUCCUCUACCAGGACGGACUCCACGAACACGUCAACACGUCGGCGUACGCAAUCUUUGAAAAAUGGCGAGAAGUUGAGCGCCCGCUGCAAGGUCGGACGAAAAUUGUGAAAGUGUGGCGCACAUGGGGCGCCGACCAAGCCAAUGUGUAUCUGACCAUGAGAAAGUUUGAUGAACUGGAAUACAGUGGUGAAUUUUCCCUCACUCGACGGAGAAAAAAGUCCCGGCAUCGAACACGCGAACGUGAACGUACUCGGGACCGUGAAAAAGAACGUCGAUCACGCGACCACCAUCAUCGUCAUGGUUACUGUCAAAACGCGAGCGAGCGACUCCGCUCGAUGGAGACGCUUGUCAAACUAGUCAUUUCACAGGAACGCAAAUUGAAAGAUAUGAUUGAACAUGGAGAUGACACGGAGAAAUUAAUCGAUAAAUAUGAGUCAAGAUUGCAUAAACAUCGAUUAAAAAAUAACGGCGAAGAGUAUGUAAAAGAUGCAUAUCUCGACGAUAACGGUGAUGAAAUGGACGAACUUUUCUCUAAUGCAAAUGUGGAAGAGCUAGAAUUGUAUGUCAGUUUUUGUGAUAAGAUUUUAGCGCUCGAGGACAUGAUACAAAAUGAACAUGCAAAGAUUGAAGAUUUAGCAUACCAAAUACAAACGUGUUCAAAUCAACAGGAAUGUAGCUCAGGAUCUCCAACUAUUACCGAGGAUAUUUCAAGAGUGCAAGUGGAACUUACUCGUGCAAAAUCAUGCGCAAUUAUGCAGCAUUACAAAGACCAGGAUUUACAACGUGAACUUCAGUUUUAUGACGAAAAGAUGGCACAUAAAAGUGACAUGUGUAAACGGCUGCAGCAAGAACUUGAUGAGAUUGAAUCCAUUGCUCAUAUUCAUUCAAGUGGAUCUCUGGACAAUUGUGGGGAAGCGGGAAGCCAGAACCCGCUGCCACUUCCGGAACGCACAAGCCGCGUUCAAUCGGCCCCUUGUAGCCCGUGUUCCCCGCCUCCGCCAUUGCCGGAGCGGUUACGGCCCCGGACACUUCAGCUCCCGCCACCCUCAUCAUCUAAACCGCCAGUGACUUCCGUGCAGCAACCAAAGUGCCAAAUUGAACAUGCCCCGGAGCGCAAACCAAUCCUGAAACAGAGCGCUCCAGAACGCAAAAACGGAUAUAAUACUCAACAUAAAUCAAACUCAAACAGUGAAACCAAAGUGAGAUUCAAAACUGAUGAUAUAAUAGACAAGUAUUACUGGGAGGACUCGAGCCUCUCGGAAGGAAUCAGCAUGGAUCACUCAGAUCUCUCAGAUUGUAAGGACUUGUUCGAGUACCCGAGUCGGCGAGACGAGUACUCGAAUGUAAAGUCCGGUACUCCCAACCGGCCCUACCUCACAGUGAAAGUGGAGGAUCAAGAUUCGAACUCGGAUACCGGCCUCAGCAGUAUGCACAGUGAUGACUCCGCAGUGUACCAUUUAGAAACAUUGGUGUAAUAUCGUAAAUAAAGGGAUAUAACUCCAGUUUAUACAUGUGUGUACACUACUUCAGAUUUACUGUUCUUGGUCUUAUCUAGUGCUAAAUGACCAAAAUAUAUAAAACAUUUGAAAUCCUAUACAUACAAAAAUGUUUUGUUUUACUGUGUUGAAUCAAUAAUAAGAUAAACUAUUAUCUCGAGAGAUUCUCACCAACAUAAUACUAGUAUAGCAUUAUGAUAAAGUCUAUUUUGUAAAAUAACUUUGGCGCACACCCGAUGUUCCAUCAAACUUGAGUAUUAAUUUAUAAUAGCUUUUAUAAUAAAGCUGGACUAAAACCG